CUGCCAGAUGUUCAAUCAUAAGCGUAACUCUGUGUGUGCAAUAAAAUUUGUGUGAAAUUAAACAAAAACAAAGCAAAACAAUUGAGUUUACAAUUAGUUGAUGUGCAAAAUAAUUAACAAAUCGCUUGUUUGCUAACAGUUCCUUGUUCUGCUGACCAAACAACUCGCGCUACAGCAACAACAGGAAUUCCAAUGCACUUUCUCCAAAUGGUGUAAAACCAGUCUUGCGGCUUUUUUGACAUCUAUUCGAUAUCAAUAGAAAAAAAUACAGGCCAAAAGCAUACUCUGGCCGUCUCGUCUCGUCUGUGUUGUUAGCAGACUACUAAGCACCUGCGUUGUGAGCUGUGCUGUGUCGUGUUGAGUUGAUUUUGCCGUUUUUAUUGGCCUGGCCAAUGCGACAAUGGAGCUGGAGCAACAACAACAGUCACAUCUUGCCCACUCUUGAGUACGUUUCGAUUCUCUGCGACGAGAGCUUUUGAACAGCAAAGACAACAGAAAAACGAUAACGCAAAAAGAAUUUGUCAUUUGCAUACAAGUUGUUAGUUGGGCUUUGCUUUAUGCAUAACUCAGGUCGAGCAUGUUUCUCAUAUUGAGUCAUUUGAUAGCCAAACGCAAACGCAACGCAUAUUUGUGCUGAACGUAUCCACACAUUUAAGAAGAACGCUAAAAAUUAUUGCGCACGAUGACUUCAAUUGAAGAGAAAGUGCGUUGCAUAUUGAACGCCAAAGAUCUGGGCGACAUCACAACAGAAUUCUGUGAUUUCUCGCUCAAAGAGCAGAAUGCCACAGCCGAGGCGCAAGGUGUACAGCCAUCAUCGUCAGCCGACUUUGUGCCCAAAGUGGGCAAGACCAUCAACUACAUUGUGGCCUGUGUCAUGUUCAAUGAGCACGACGAGUUGCUAAUGAUCGAGGAGGCCAAACCAAGCUGUGCAGGCAAAUGGUACUUACCCGCGGGACGCAUGGAGCAAGGUGAAUCCAUCACGGAGGCUGCUGCACGUGAGCUGUUUGAGGAGACUGGCCUCAAUGCGGAGAUGACAACGCUGCUGGCUCUGGAGUCAGCUGGCGGCUCCUGGUUUCGCUUUGUGUUGACGGGUCGCAUUACUGGCGGCCGACUUAAGACGCCCGCCGAUGCGGAUGCGGAAUCCAUACAAGCGCUGUGGCUGCGCGAUCCCAAAGAAGUGCCGCUGAGAGCCAACGACAUACUCAAUAUUAUUAGCAUUGGACAAGCGUAUCAUCAGAGCCAGAAGGCCAAGCAGCAAUCGGACAUUGUACGUCAGCCUGUAUGGCACAACAAUGUGCUGCCGACACGUUAUCCGCACAAACGCAACUAUCUGCGUGUGCUAGCCGUUGUGCGAAAGCGUGCCACGAACUCCAUGAACAUACUCAUUAGUGAAAAGAAUUCGCAUCACUUUCCCACUGUGGAGUUGCAUCCGAACCGCAGUCUACACUCGACUCUACGCAAGUUUAUGAUCGAGAUCUUUGGCGCCGAGCUACCACAGCAUCGACCACAUGGCCUAUUGAGCUUGGAGCACUCGCCAUCUAACGAUGAUGCAACGGAUGGCCUUUGCUUGAAUCUGCUGGUUGCCUUCAGGCCAGCACUGGAGGAAAUCUCGUUGAUUGGCAAGUGCAUCUGGCAGGAACUCAGUCAGCCGCUAGACGAAGCGUUGGCGCGCAUUUUGAGCAGCAAACACGGAUCGAUACCACUGAAUGUGAUACGAUAAGUGGUUUUAGCGUAGUUUUAGCCUAAUCUAUGUUAAUGGUGCAAGCUUAUAUACUACCCUAUAACUAGCAUAAUAAAUAUGUCACAAGUUGUUGCAACUUUGUAAAACCACCUGCAUUUUUGGUUGAUAUAAAAUUUGGUGCUUUGAAGAAGUGAACACCUUUGAAAGCUGAUUGCUACAAAUCUGUAUAAAACGAAUUUUGUUCUAAGCCACUUAAUAUUAAUGUUAACUAAGAAUUAACUGUUACUAAUCGCUAGUCAAUGUUGCAAGUUAAAUAUUACGUCCAACUGAAGGUAUUAUGACUUUGCAAAACCAACUGAUUUUUUUGACAUAUUUGAAUUUAGAGCGU